AUGGAUUACAGCGAUUCAGGUCGAGGAGGAUGGAAGUCUAAACCUGAACAGCCUCAGAAAAAGAAGAUGAACUUAAAUAUUCUCCGUCAAGAGAAGCUGAUAGCCCAGAAGAAGAAAGAGAUUGAGGAAAGAAUGGCUGAGCAAGCAAAAAUGAAUGUAAAACCUGUAAACAAACCUCUGCCUCCAAGUGUUUCUCCCAGUCUUCAAGGACCUAAUUCAAACAAGUUUGCAAACGAUGGAAGCUUCUUACAGCAGUUCAUAAGGAUGCAAAAGGAUAAAUCAGAAAAUGGUUCAACAACUGAUGCCACAAAUCCCUCAACUUCAGCUCCAUCACCAGGAGGAAACGCACUGCAAAAAAAGAGCAUUCUUGUUGGCAAGAGGCCUGGCCUUGGAGUCAGUAGCAUGCUUAGUCAGUUCAAGAACUACUCGCAGACAAAGAAGAAUCCUGUCGUCAGCCAGAGACCGAGUGUGUUUUGUUCUCCAGACGAUGAUGAAGAGGAAGAAGAGGCUGAUUACUCCAGAUUCUUAGAGAUGAAAGUUUCUCCCCCAGAGGAUUCAGACACUAAACUUAUCAUCGAUAAGAUGGCCUCCUUUGUGGCAGAGGGAGGACCUGAGCUGGAGAGAAAGGCCAGGGAGGACUACAAAGACAAUCCUGUUUUCGCAUUUUUAUACAAUAAAAGCAGCUUGGAGUAUCUCUACUUCAAAAAUAGAGUUGCAGUUCUGAGAAAGGAUUUACUCGGCCCGGAGAAUACAUCAGAUAAUGUCUCCCCCCCAGUGGACGCGGAAACCCUGCAGAUGGCCGAGAAGCUGGCAAGGUUUGUGUCAGAGGGUGGUCCUGAGGUGGAAGCCAUCGCUGCUGAGCACAACCGAGCCAAUCCUGCCUGCAGUUUCUUGUAUGACCACCAAAGUCCGGCCUACCACUUCUACAAAGAGAAAGUACAGGAGUAUCGUGCUUCAGUCUCUCAGAACUCCUCACCUCCAGCAGAAGUGUCUGGGACACACCUUCUACGACCGGCCAUACCCUCACCACUGGGAAUCCCUCCACCGCCGAACCCCACCUCCCUGUCUAAGACUCAAGACACAGUAACUCCACCUGUGAAACGGAAAAGAAAGAGUCGGUGGGGGUCAGAGGAUGACAAAGUGGAGCUGCCGCUUCCUCCCAUCGUUGUCCCUCCAGAGAUUGUUCAAGACAUUAACACACCCGCCCUCUCUGUUAAUGAGCUAAAAAGUCUCGGUUAUAAAAAGGGGAAGCCUCUUGGUCUGGUAGGAGUGACAGAACUCUCAGAGGAACAGAAAAAACAAAUCAAAGAGCAGCAAGAGAUGCAAGAAAUGUAUGACAUUAUCAUUAAACACAAGCGUGCAAUGGCAGAGAUGCAGUCAAUGUGGGAUAAGGCCAUGAGAGACCAUCAACAUGAAUAUGACAGCGAUGAAGAGGUGGACCAGCAGGCCGGCACCUGGGAGCAUCGUCUCCGACAGAUGGAAAUGGAGAAGACCCGAGAGUGGGCCGAAUCCCUGACAGAAAUGGGGAAAGGGAAACACUUUAUAGGGGACUUCCUGCCCCCGGAAGAGCUGGAGAAGUUUAUGGAGACCUUCAAGGCACUAAAGGAGGGCCGGGAUCCAGACUACUCUGAGUACAAAGAGUUUAAGUUGACGGUGGAGAAUCUUGGUUUCCGAAUGCUCAUGAAGAUGGGCUGGAAGGAAGGUGAAGGUCUGGGCAGUGAUGGAAAGGGCAUCACGGCACCUGUUAACAAGGGAACCACAGCAGUCGAUGGAGCUGGCUUUGGAGUCGACCGUCCGGCUGUGCUCACCAAAAAUGACGAUGAAUAUGAUGCUUACAGAAAGAGGAUGAUGCUGGCGUACCGCUUCAGGCCAAACCCACUGAAUAAUCCCAGAAGACCGUAUUACUGAUAUGGAGGAUUUUUCCCGUUUAUACUUUUCUCUCUCUCUUUUUUUUUUUGUAGCAUAAUUUAAAGGCUGUUUUCUGCAGCUGCCACAGCUCGGCUCUGUUGUUCUAUGGAGACUGCUGCUCAAUAGAAAUUUUUAAAUUGAAAGUGUGUGUGGAGAUAAGUAGAAACAUAAGGUGUAUUCUCCAUUAUAUUUGAAGUUUCAUUUGGUUGAAAAAAAAGUUAAAUGUUUUCCCUAAAUAACUGAUCAAAUUAUUCUGCAUUUCUGUAACACUGUAACAACUUCCAUGUACACUUAUAUUGCCUGAAGCCUUAAGGAUUUCCCUCUGUUGUCUGUUACCAUCUUAAUCCCCUUCAAAGCUGGUUUCAAAUUGCAUUUUAAAAUAAAUAUCAUAGUACUGUAUUAUUACACAAACUUCUGUAUGAUUCUCAAAUUAUAUAAUUUUCCACAGUGUGUUGUAUCAGUAUUUGCUUCUUUUCACUAAAUGCUACAAUGCUCCAAAUAAAAAAGGCAUCCUACAGAAAUGUGAAGUCGCCACACACUUGUCUUAUAA